UGAAUAAUUUUGCUUGUCUUUCUCCCUUGCUACUUCUCUCUCUUCCAUCUCUCUCUCUAUCUUAAUUUCCGUUGAUGGACGUCGGAGAUCCGAUGCUCUCGCUUUGAAGCGACAGGAUUGAAAAAUGGGUAGUAUAGCUCAGCAGAUAAUGCCGGUAUGCGAUCAGCUAUGCUUCUUUUGUCCUACGGUUCGACCUAGAUCACGUCAUCCUAUUAAGCGAUACAAGAAGUUACUAGCUGAUAUAUUUCCUCGCUCUCCGGAUGAAGAACCCAAUGAUCGUUAUAUUGGUAAACUAUGUGAAUAUGCUUCAAAAAAUCCACUUCGAAUUCCAAGGAUAACAAGUUCUCUCGAGCAGAGGUGUUACAAAGACCUGAGGACUGAGCAAUAUCAUUCUGUGAAAGUUGUCCUCCGUAUCUACAGGAAGUUGUCAAUAUCUUGUAAGGAGCAAAUGCCAUUGUUUGCAAGUAGCUUGUUUAGUAUUAUAACUAUUUUGUUGGAUCAAACAAAGAACGACGAUCUGCGAAUUAUGGGAUGUGAAACACUUUUUGAGUUUGUAAAUAACCAGCGUGAUGGUACUUAUACAUUCAAUCUAGAAAGCUUGGUCCCGAAACUUUGUUCUCUAGCUCAGGAACUCGGGGAUGAUGACAGGGCAAAUCAUUUGCGUGCAGCUGGACUUCAAGCCAUUUCUUCAGUGAUUUGGUUCGUGGGUGAAUUCUCGCAUAUCUCUAAAGAAUUUGAUAAUGUCGUAUCUGUAGUCCUCGAAAACUGUGGGACACCUGAAGAGAAACCUGAUUCUAGUGAAGAUAAUAACAGUAGUUCCACUCAGGAAGAGCAAAAGGUUGAAGGAGAUGGUGCAAGAAGGAUUAUCUCUUGGGAAAGGGUUGUGAAUGAUAAAGGAGAAGUUCAUCCAUCUGUGGAAGAUCCUAGGAACCCUGACUUUUGGUCCAGGGUCUGUCUCUAUAACAUUGCCAAGUUAGCUAAGGAAGCCACAACUGUCCGACGUGUACUCGAAUCUGUGUUCCGGUCCUUUGACAAUAGCAACUUAUGGUCACCAGAACAUGGUCUUGCCCUUUCUGUAUUGAUGGACAUUCAGUCAGUAAUGGAGAGUUCUGGCCAGAAUACACAUUUCUUGUUGUCUACCUUAAUUAAGCACCUCGAUCAUAAAAAUGUGUUGAAGAACCCAGAAAUGCAAAUACACAUUAUUGAUGUUGCCACCAGCCUUGCUGAAGCUACCAAGAUUUUAGCUUCCGUUACAAUACUUGGCGCAUGUAGCGAUAUGAUGAGACAUUUGCGCAAGAGCAUACACUGCUCUUUGGAUGAUUCAGACCUUGGCCCCGAAGUAAUUCAAUGGAACAAUAAAUAUAAAUUGGCAGUUGACAAUUGCCUCGUUAACUUACUACAUAAGGUUGGAGAUUCUGGUCCUUUGCUUGAUAUUAUGGCUGUGAUGUUGGAAAGUGUCUCGAACAUUACAGUUAUGGUUAGAACCACAAUUGCUGCUGUUUAUCGCACUGCUCAAAUAGCAGCAACUUUACCAAAUAUCACAUACCAGAACAAGGCUUUCCCUGAAGCAUUGUUUCAUCAGUUACUUCUAGCCAUGGUUUGUCCAGAUUACGAGACAAGGGUGGGAGCACAUAGAAUAUUUUCGGUUGUUCUAGUCCCAUCUUCUGUUUCCCCCCGUCAAACAACAACCACCCCUUCCUCAAAUAUGACCAAAAGUUUUCAAAGAACACUCUCAAGAGCUACUUCUGCGUUUUCUUCUUCAGCUGCUAUGUUUGCCAAGAUGAGAGUCGAACAAUCAGCCCCAAAGGGAAAUGAUUUUGGAAACAAUGAAGAACAAAACACUGAAAGCAGGGACCAAGGUGGGCUCCGUACCAACUCCGUGAUGAACAGGUUAAAGUCAAGUUAUAGCCGAUCUAAUAGUGUUAUAAGAGAAUCUGAACCCACCAAAACAAAUCAAGAGAUGAUGGCAUCCGUUUCUCUUAAGUUGAGUACGCGACAGAUCAAUCUACUGAUGUCAUCAAUGUGGGUUCAAUCUGUUUCUCCUCUUAAUAUGCCUGAAAAUUAUGAAGCACUUGCUCACUCAUAUAGUCUGGCUGUAUUAUUUGCUCAAACCAAGCAUUCAAGUCAACAAUCUCUUGUUAAGAGUUUUCAGCUUGCGUUUUCCUUGAGGAGUAUUGCUCUUGGGGGAGGAGGGAGCCUUCUCCCAUCAAGGCGUAGAUCUCUGUUUACCUUGGCAACGUCAAUGAUAAUUUUCUCAUCUCAAGCAUACAAUCUAUUCCCUCUUGUUCCUUUAGCUAAGGUGACAUUAAGUGAUCUGGCUGAUCCAUUUCUGGAGUUGGUCAGUGAAUGGAAGUUGCGAUCUCAUAACAAUGCAAGUGGAGCUUAUGGAUCAAACGGAGAUAAAGAUGACGUGUUGGAGUCUAUGUUCUCAGUAGGGUUACCAGAUGAACACUCCAAUGAAUUUUUUGCUGCAAAGAUUGUGGAAUUGCUGGCUGUAACAUUAGAUCCAGAAUCAUCUUCCAGACUGAAGGAGCAAUUGCUUAGUGAUUUUCUUCCUGAUGAUUCUUGCCCACUUGAACCUCAGUCAUCCAAGGAGAAACUUGGACAGAUGUAUCAAUUUGAUUCAAAGAUUAUUAGGACUAGCAAUGCGGGUGACCCUCUAUCACUAACAGAUGAUGCGCCCGAUGGUCAAAAAGAUACUGAUCCCCAGAUGGAGAUGAGUGAUCCGGGCCUCAUAGACAUCAACCAAUUUCUUGACUUGGUUUUAGAGACAAGUAGUCAGAUUGGACGGCUCUCCUUUUCUCCUGACAUGCCUUAUAAAGACAUGGCCAAUCAUUGUGAGGCUCUGCAAAUGGGAAAACAAGAAAAGAUGAAUGGUUUCACUAGUCAUGGUGACAUUCAAGAAAUUCAUGUUCCGCCUUAUAGCCAGGCUGGAAAUCCUUUUCUUGAGCAGAACUUUGAUACUACAUACAAACCAUUCAUGUUUGAGCCUCCAAUGAUGUGUGCAGCUGAGUACCAGCAUCAUCCUGGAUUCUUCAUGCUACCGCCUACAAAUCCAUUCGAUAACUUUUUAAAAGCUGCCACAGGCUGAGCUGAUAGUCUACAGCCAUUUACAACAGUAAGUGUUAGUGUAUUAUUUAUAUUAGAUAUGCUGUGUUUAAUCAAGAAAAAACCCUUAUUCCACAGUUGAAUUUCAAAUGUUCUUGGAAGGGGGGAAGUUUAAUUUGGUGUAAAUAAUUUUUACAAAUUUAUCCUCUUAAAUUUUUUGAUUUAUAUGUUGUAUAGUGUGAAGAUGGUGAGGAUUUUUCAGUUCAUUUCCUCCCAAAACUAUUAUAGGCUUUAAAG